AGAACAUCAACUAACAGGCCAUAAAGUAGCAGUUAAGAUUUUAAAUAGACAGAAGAUUCGCAGUUUAGAUGUUGUUGGAAAAAUAAAACGAGAAAUUCAAAAUCUCAAGCUCUUUCGUCAUCCUCAUAUUAUCAAACUAUACCAGGUGAUCAGCACUCCAACAGAUUUUUUUAUGGUCAUGGAAUAUGUCUCCGGAGGUGAAUUAUUCGACUACAUCUGUAAGCACGGACGGGUUGAAGAGCUGGAAGCCAGGCGGCUUUUCCAGCAGAUUCUGUCGGCUGUGGAUUACUGUCACAGGCAUAUGGUGGUUCACCGCGACCUGAAGCCGGAGAAUGUGCUGUUGGAUGCGCACAUGAAUGCCAAGAUAGCCGAUUUCGGAUUAUCUAAUAUGAUGUCUGAUGGUGAAUUUCUGCGAACCAGUUGUGGCUCUCCAAAUUAUGCAGCGCCCGAAGUCAUCUCAGGCAGGUUGUAUGCUGGCCCCGAAGUUGACAUCUGGAGCUGUGGUGUCAUCCUGUAUGCUCUUCUGUGUGGCACCCUCCCGUUUGAUGACGAGCAUGUGCCGACGCUGUUUAAGAAGAUCCGAGGGGGUGUUUUUUAUAUCCCAGAAUAUCUCAAUCGUUCCGUUGCCACUCUCCUGAUGCAUAUGCUGCAGGUGGACCCCCUGAAACGAGCUACGAUCAAAGACAUAAGAGAACAUGAAUGGUUUAAACAAGAUUUGCCCACUUACUUAUUUCCUGAAGACCCCUCAUACGAUGCUAACGUCAUUGAUGAUGAGGCCGUGAGGGAAGUGUGCGAAAAAUUUGAAUGUACGGAAUCAGAAGUAAUGAACAGUUUAUAUAGUGGCGACCCUCAAGACCAGCUUGCAGUGGCUUACCACCUUAUCAUUGACAAUCGGAGAAUAAUGAACCAAGCCAGUGAGUUCUACCUCGCCUCGAGUCCUCCAACUGGUUCCUUUAUGGAUGACAGUGCCAUGCAUAUUCCCCCAGGCCUGAAACCCCAUCCAGAAAGGAUGCCACCUCUUAUAGCAGACAGUCCCAAAGCAAGAUGUCCUUUGGAUGCACUGAAUACAACUAAGCCCAAAUCCUUAGCUGUGAAAAAAGCCAAGUGGCAUCUUGGGAUUCGAAGUCAGAGCAAGCCAUAUGACAUUAUGGCUGAAGUGUACCGAGCCAUGAAGCAGCUGGAUUUUGAAUGGAAGGUAGUGAAUGCAUACCAUCUUCGUGUGCGAAGAAAAAAUCCAGUAACUGGCAAUUAUGUGAAAAUGAGCUUGCAACUUUACCUGGUUGACAAUAGGAGCUAUCUUUUGGACUUUAAAAGCAUUGACGACGAGGUAGCGGAGCAGAGGUCUGGCUCUUCAACACCCCAGCGUUCCUGUUCUGCUGCUGGCUUGCACAGGCCAAGGUCCAGCUUUGAUUCCGCAACUGCAGAGAGCCAUUCCCUUUCCAGUUCUCUCACUGGCUCUUUGACCGGAAGCACCUGGUCUUCAGUUUCACCUCGCCUGGGCAGCCACACCAUGGAUUUUUUUGAAAUGUGUGCCAGUCUGAUCACUACGUUAGCCCGUUGAUGAUCUGCCUGUAGUUUCUAUCUUCCUGUUCCUGCACUGUGAAAAUCAGAUAUAUUCUUUAAAUUAUUAUCUUCCUUCUGGAUGUCACCUACUCUGCAAUACUAAUUGAGACACAUGAAUAUUUCCAGGGGACACUCAAUGCAAUUGAAAUGAUGGAAAAUGAAAAAGGCUGACGUUUAUUUACUUGUAGAAAUCAGUCAUUCUGCCGUGCCUACGGUAGCCUCACAUAGGUAGUGUUUUUUCACAGGUGACCAUUGGUGAAGAUUGUUAAUUUGCAAUGGCGAGUUCACUGCACACACCUCAGUAGUGCACUGUCUGUCUACGGGUGGUUUAGCAGUACCUCCUUGCUUUACCGGUUAGUGUAGGUAAAUCCAGUUUACUUUUAAAUUUCAGCAGACUAAGCUGUGUUAGUGCCCCCAGCUUGUUUGUUUGUUUGUUUGUUUGUUUGUUUUUGCACGGAUGAUUAAAAAAACAGAACAGCCAUUAUAAGAUCUUUAAAAUGUCGAAAUCUUAAAAGCCUGCCUCCAGAAUUUCAGAAGCCCAGUUGGGCUUUCUAAUACCACAGAUACUGCCUAGCGCUCACCAAAAGGGCUGUGGUCCUGAAACAGGCGGCCACGAUUUCUGAGUUUCUAAAAAACAGCUGGAACCAACUCAGAGUAUUACUAUCUUCAGAUUUCCCUAACAUUUAUCUUAAGAGCCUUCAAGGUUCAAUUUCGAAUUAAAACACAUGGAAUUGUAACAGUUUUGGGCUUUUUCAUAAACUUACAUCAUUUAAAAAUAUGCCCUCAAAAACCUCCCUUUCUCAGAUUCUUUUUGGCUUUAUUGUAUCUCACCAGAAAUGUUCAAAUAGAUGAAACAAAACAAUAGCAGCAGUUCCUUAAACGAUAACUCUUAUCUUUAAUGUUUUAUUUUGUAUAUCUUGUGGGGAGGUGGGUUAAAGUUAGGAUUCUAUGGCCUCUGACUAUGCCAACUCUUCAUUUGAAGUUUUAAAGUUGUUAUUCAUGUCACUUCUUUCCGUAGCCUCUCCUUGUCAGUAUUUCUUUAUUCGGGUUUGAUCCUUGGUGGCCGAGCAACUUACCGACUUAGUGUUUGAGUGUUGUCUGGUUCCCUUUCUUGGUUGUUGGUCCUUUGGUUUGCAAACACUGUCUUGGCCCUGAGGACUUUCGUCAGCUUCCAAAGCUUGCAGGCUGUGCAUGCCCUUUUCCACUGAACCUGAUAGGACAAGAGAGCCUUAAACAUUUUUUAAAAAAUUCUCUCUUGAAUUAAUGUAUGUGUCAUUUACAUAUACACAUGUAUGUAUUCACACAGAGUGCUUUUAAGCAAAAGCCACACAGGUUUUUAUUUUUUGCUUUGUGCAGAUUUUUUGUUUGGUUUGGUUCUUUUUAAAGGUUAAAUAAACCAUAUGUCACCAAGCACUGCAUAACAGCAUUUUGGUCAGUGAUGGCCCACAAAGAAGAUGGCAGUGUAUAAGAUUAACCAAAUCUCGUGAGUGUGUAUGUGGUAGGCUGGGCAUCCAGGUUGGCAGGGGUACACUUGGUUAGGAACAGGUUACGGUGAACUCGCCAGCGGCUCCUUCCUCAGAACGUAGCCCCAUAAAGUGACACAUGACUACAGCUUGUAAGUUGACCUCUUAUAUAGCGGGGUAGCAAAUAGCUCAUGGAUUAUAUUUUGUUUCAGUGAAAGUAUUUAAUUUUUAAAUUAUGUGUAACUUAUGUGAUUUCUAUUUAUUCAUUUGUUGUGUUUAAUAUGUUGUAAUUAAUAAUCUCAUUCACCUGAUUUACCCCCAAAAAUAUUAAGCUCUUGAAAACAAAAAAAAUGAUACUGUCUUGACAGGUUCCUCUUUGCCAAAAAUAAUGUAUUUUCUGCCAAGAAGCAAGUGGGAAUGUUAGACCAAGUUUUCCUGUAUUUAUAAAACACAAGCACGUUUAUCUUUAAAUAGGGCGAGAGUCAGGAGUUUGCAUUGUAUCACUUAUUGUUUGGUAGAUCUUUUAAAAAUGAUGUUAAAUAACUUGGACUUCUUAAUCACAAAAUAAAAGGAAUCCUUUUUCAGCAGUUGUGAAAAGAGGUGGGAUUGUAGUUUGAGAAAGCGUAAGGUUUAACCUUUGAAAGAUUGCCAUCUUGUGGCAACAAAGGGUAAUUUUUUUAGUGAUCAUUUUUAUGAGGGUAAGCAGUUCUGCCUGUUAGUCUGAUGUACAUUAUAGAUACGGCAUAAUUCUCACACCUCCAAAUGCGUACGUGCCUGUUUUGGGAAACACAAGGCCACCUCAUAAUAUUUGCCAGAUGAUGAGUAGACAGCCUUAGAAAUACAGAAUUCAUUGGAUUCUUCAUCCCCAGGAACACGUCCACAACCAUUCUGAAGGCAGAGAAGCAAGCAAAGAGAUCAGUAGUGUUGCAUUUUCACUUGUCUGAUAAAUGAGAUAUUGAGAGCUUGUUCAUAUUAAGAUUAUUUUAUGUGGAUGGUUACCAUGUUUUUUUCAGAGUUAAAAAUUCCUUCGUUAUUUUCUCAUUCUUGCUAGUACUUAAGAAAGUCUGGAGUUUGUUAGUUGUCUAUGAAAGUUUAGAAGAAUCAAGCAUUAUGGUUUUGUUCUUUUAUGCAUAACGUUUUAAAACAUAGCUGUUCUAUGAUUCUAGGUGGUAUAGUAAAUCAGUCUGUAGAGAGGUGAUUUCAAGAGAUUCAUCCAGCAGAAUCAGGGUUAGAACCUUAUCAUCACAGGCCUUUUGUUGCUCAUGGACACAGAGAGGAAAAGAAUUGGUUUCUAAUCCCCAAGUCCCACAUCGUAGUUUUGAUAUCUGAUUAAUGUGGAUGUGGUAGACAGGUCUGGGCUAAGACCGGUUUCCUCCAGUUACAAUAGAAAGCUUCUGUUAUAAAACAAGGUUCUUAGCUGUGUCCUAGAAUUGGACUCCAUGUGAUUCUAGAACAGCAUUUCCCCAGGUGUGUCCCGUGAGAUGCUCUGCAGAAAAAAUAUUCCAUGAAGUGAGUUUGGAAAAUGUCCCAUGCUACUCUUCUCCUUGAGAGCAACAAAGGAUAGGAGGAUUAAAGACUUUGACAAGCUCCUCCAUGAAAAAAUGUCAUUAAAGUAAAUCCUACUUUGUCCACAUUAAUUUCCCAUUAAAAAGAAAAUAUUCCACAAGAAAAAGCAAAUUUGGAAAACAGGAAAAUUACCAUCCCAGGUUGCCAUAAUCCGGGUAGUUCAGAAUGACAUUAAGAGAGCACUUUGUUUCUUAGAAAUUGUUGGGAAAAAUCUAGCUCAAAACCAGAAUCAUUUCAACUGCAGACCUAUUCGUCUCUAGUAAAUGCUGGACUAAACAGAAUUUUUUGUGUAUGCAGCUUGUUUCAUAGUGCCUUGGUUUUCUUAUCAGGUUGUGGUAUUGUUUGUGUGCAACAUUUAUUUGUAUUUGUAAUGAUGGAUCAUUGAAAAACCUUGAACAAGAUUUUUGUUAAAAAAAAAAAAAGGCUAAGAAACUA